AUGUCUGGUGGUUUACCUGUGUUGGAGCUGACUGAAGAUGAUUUGAGGUUGAUGCUGGUGGCUGGUGUGUUCUUGGGUGAAACCACUCUAAACUAUCAAAUGUCCGGAUAUGUUUACGGCCGCAGCAAAGAGGGAAAUCACAUAAUUAAGGUCAACAAAACGUGGGAGAAGAUUUUGUUAGCUGCUCGAGCGAUCGCAGCGGUAGACAACCCAGCCGACGUUUGUGCCAUUGGAUGCAAGCCUUACGCCCAGCGGGCUGUAUUGAAAUUCGCAAACUACACUCGUACUACCGCCAUAGCCGGUCGGUUCACUCCUGGUGCUUUCACGAAUCAGAAGCAGGUAACUAUCUUGACCCACGAAUUAUCGCCUUCUGUACCACUGACUCACCCAUCAACCGGUACUCAUUCUGUUGCAGUUUGCUGGUGGCUUCUUGCUCGUGAGGUUCGCCGUAUGCGUGGAGAAGACAUCCGUUCUCAACCGUGGAACGUGAUGGUUGACUUGUUUCUUUAUCGUGACCCGAAAGAAGAAGAACAGGAACUGCAAGAGGAGGUCGAUGAGGCUGUGAUGCAGCCCGCGCUCGCAGGUAUAAAUCUCUAG